AUGCCUCCGUCGGCGUCUAGUCAGGAUGAGAACCAGCAUCCUGUUGAGGAUGUCAGAUCCGACCCUCGCAGCGUGUUUUCCGCGGUGUUUGGUUGGAGCAGAAAGCGCCGAGACACCACCCAUGAAGAUGAAGAUGAACGGAGACCCUUACUGGGGUCAAGUUCGCCCAUGUCACCGUCACCACUGUCAUCAUCAUGGUGGGAAGCGACGUGGGAUUCGGCACAGGAACUCUGGCUCCAGGGUAGGGGAAUGAUCCUUGUCAUGUUGGCCCAGUUCUUCGGGGCUUCCAUGAAUGUCAUGACUCAAAUUUUGGAGAGAAAGGGGAGGAAUGGGGAAGGGUUUCAUCCGUUUCAGAUCCUGUUCGCCCGCAUGUCCAUCACGGUUAUAGUCAGUUAUCUGUACAUGUGGUACACCAAAGUCCCUCACCCGUUUGGGACCCGCCCUGUACUUCACCUGCUCCUGCUUCGUGCAGCCGGUGGCUUUUUUGGCGUUUAUGGGCUUUACUACUCCGUUCAAUACCUACCACUGUCGGAAGCCACAGUGUUAACUUUCCUGGCACCUAUCCUGACCUGCUAUGCCUGCUCUCUGUUCAUUCCCAAUGAGACCUUCACACGCAAGCAACAGCUUGCUGGCGUGGUGUCGCUAGUUGGUGUGGUUCUGAUCGCACGGCCUUUCUCAUUCUUUUCGAAAACAAAUCCACCCGACUCUAGAGAGCCUGGCAGCGAGGAGCAGCCUGAUUACGAGGAUGAAUAUCACCGUAUUCUAGCGACCAUCAUGGCGCUCAUGGGAGUCAUGGGGGCGUCUUGCGCGUACUCGACCAUCCGAAUGAUCGGACAGCGCUGUCAUCCGCUGGUGUCCGUCACAUAUUUUUCCUUUUUUACGACUGUUGUGUCGACCGUGGCCAUCCUGCUAAUACCUUCCAUCGCUCUAGAGCUGCCAGGCACCCCGUUGGAAUGGACCCUACUCAUGGGUCUGGGUGUUUGUGGGUUCCUGCUGCAGUUCCUCUUGACAGCUGGUCUGUCGUAUGUGCCUCCACCGAGGAAGUCGUCCACGUCGGAACAGCAUCGUCAAUAUGGAAGCAAUGGGAAUGGCGAGCCGAAGGAUGCGUCGCACAGCUCGUCCGGAUCGCGUGCGACAUCUAUGAUUUAUAUGCAGAUGGUCUUUGCGUUGUUUUAUGACCGCGUUGUUUGGGGGAGUACUCUGUCUCUCUUGAGUUGGAUGGGAUCUGGUUUGAUCUUAGGAAGCGCCAUCUAUGUGGCCGUCGUCCGGGAGGCGCCCGCAGCUGCCGCUAGGGAAGAUGAGAAUGAGACGAACUGA